GAACGCUCCCAGCUCCAAUCUCAGCUCAACCAAGUCCAACUCGAGCUUGACUCUGUCCGUACUGCUCUCGACGAGGAGUCGAUUGCUCGUUCGGAUGCCGAGCAUAAGCUGAACCUUGCCAACACUGAGAUCACCCAGUGGAAGAGCAAGUUCGAUGCUGAAGUCGCUCUGCACCAGGAAGAAGUCGAAGACCUCCGCAAGAAAAUGCUACAGAAGCAGGCUGAAUACGAAGAACAGAUCGAGAUCAUGCUCCAGAAGAUUAGCCAGCUUGAGAAGGCCAAGAGCAGACUUCAGUCUGAGGUUGAGGUGUUGAUUGUCGACUUGGAGAAGGCACAGAACACCAUUGCCAUCCUCGAGAGAGCUAAAGAACAGCUUGAGAAGCAGUGCGCAGAACUGAAGGUUCGCAUCGAUGAGUUGAAUGUGGAAUUGGAAGCAGCCCAACGUGAGCUUCGUGCUGCCAAUGCUGAAUUGCAAAAGAUGAAGCAUCUAUACGAGAAGGCCGUCGAGCAGAAGGAAGCACUCGCCAGAGAGAACAAAAAGCUCCACGGCAAGUUCUUUCUUAAGGGAUUACGGUAAUC